AAUAUGAAUCCUGAAAUCAUACAGAGAGAAUUGACACUACUUAGGGAUUGUCCUGCUCCAGAUGCAAUUAAAAAGUGUAUCAUCGUGGCUUUAAAACAAAGCGAACGAGUAGCGUUGGAAGAAAGAAAAAACAUGAAGAAAAUCAAAAGCUUUAUGAAACCUACUGGAGCCUCGAAACUUUCAAAAGCACUUAAACAACUGAUGGGUUUGAUGAAUACCAAGGCCAUCUCAAUGGUAGAACAUGGCUUAUCGCUGAUAAUUGAUUCUAAAAUGAGGCCAGUGCUUGGUGAAAAUAAAACAGUUGCAGAUGUUCUUAAAAUGAAAAAGGAAGCUUACGUUGAGCUUAAACCUAUUCUCAAGUCAAAAGAUAAACAAUGCAGAAAAGCAGCUAAUACCGUGAAGAAAAUAUUGAAAAAAUGUAUCAAAACACUUGAAAA